CGACAGGAGAGAAGAUUGGAUAUACUCGGAGAUUCGACCUUGGAACAUCAUCGAACUGCUCGGGAUGUAUCGUUGGUGGAUAACUACAAUGACGAUCCAAGAUUUCCAAGGUUCGCGGAGGAGAUACAAAAUGUGACCGUCAGCGUGGGACGCGAUGCACUCUUGGCAUGCAUCGUGGAUAAUCUUCAAACUUAUAAAGUGGCUUGGGUACGGGUCGAUACUCAAACGAUAUUGUCGAUCCACCAAAAUGUGAUUACCCAGAACCCACGGAUCUCUCUAUCGUACAACGACCAUCGCUCGUGGUAUCUUCAUAUAAAGAAAACGCAGGAGAGCGAUCGUGGAUGGUACAUGUGUCAAGUGAACACAGACCCUAUGAGAUAUAGGCAGGGUUAUGUACAAGUUGUCGUACCACCAUCGAUCAUUGACAAGGAUACCAGUACGGACAUGGUUGUAAGGGAAGCAACAAAUGUGACGUUGACCUGUAAAGCGAAAGGUUAUCCUGCCCCUUACGUCAUGUGGCGACGGGCCGAUGGCAAGAGCAUAAACUACGAUGGCAAGAUCGUAAACGUCAUCGAUGGCGAAGUUUUACACAUCGUCAAGAUCAGCCGCCUUCAUAUGGGAAAAUAUCUUUGUAUUGCAUCGAACGGAGUACCACCAUCGGUCAGCAAAAGCGUUACUCUCAACGUGCACUUUCCACCAAUGCUAUCUAUUCCAAAUCAAUUGGAAGCUGCCUACAUUGGACAAGACGUUACUCUCGAGUGUCACAUCGAAGCUUUCCCAACUGCCAUUAAUUAUUGGACUACGGAGAACGGCGAUAUGAUUGUCUCCGGUGACAAGUACGUGACGGUGUUCUCCGAUAACGACUACACGAAGUACAUGUUACUGAAGAUACGAAAUGUUAGCCCAAAGGACUUUGGUUCGUACAAAUGUGUGGCACAGAAUUCAUUGGGAGCAACUGAUGGUGUUAUCAAGUUGGAUGAAAUCCCAGCUCCAUCGACGACCUCAACAACGCAAUCUCCGUAUUACGUAACAUCAUUAAUGAAGAAAAACGGUAGAAACGGUAACAAGAAAUUACGUCAACGUCCCAACGAUUACGAAGUCGAGGAAUGGAGAGAUCCAGAUUACGAGAACGAGUACGAGCCACCAUCGAUGAUGCCACCAGGAGAUUUGCCCGCGGAUGCGUUAAAUCUGGGCGCUGUUCGCGAGCCCCGCUUAUUACUUCAUCUUCUUCUGCCGAGCCUUCUCCCGUUGCUCCUAAAUGCCGUCAGAAGAUGAUUCUCGCAUCACGGGAACGGGGCUUCCAGUUGUAGUGUUUAUUGGACGGUGCGUCCGGUGUGCCGUUUCCGGCCGCGCGACGGAUCCCGAACGCGACGAUGUCGGCCACGCUUGAAAUUAUUUUCAUACUAAAGCUAGACUUAAACAGAGAAAAAAGAGAGAAAGAGAAAGAUUGAAAGAGAGAGAGAGAGAGAGAGAAAGACAGAGAAUGAGUGAAUGA